GCAGACAGAGUGAGUGAGCGAGGUAGAGCGAUAGUAGGAGAGGAGAGAGAGAGAGAGGGAGGCGGUAAGAGCGUGUGAAGGAGGGCGUCUGACGGAGAUGGGAGUAUUUAUAGGUAGAGAGAUGAGGAGAUAGAACGACGAGAGAGAGAGAGAAGGAGGGAGGAGAGAGACGAGAGAGGGAGGCAGAGAGACAGGGAGAGAGAGAGGAAAAUCCAGACACAAUAAGAAGAAAGGGAAGACAAAGAGGAGGAGAGGGCGAGCGAGGGACCAUGCUGAGGAGGAAGAGGAGCGUGUCGUUCGGAGGCUUCGGAUGGAUUGAUAAAUCCACAGUCAGCGCUCUCAGAGCUCGCAAACAGGAGCUCCUGACCAUCUCCAAUGCUCCUGUGGCAGACUGCCCCCCCUCCCCCCCCCCCGCACUGCACCUCCCACCAUGAAGUCGGCCCAUUUCUUCGACAUGAUGGAUAAGAUGGAGCAGGUGCCCGAAGCUGCAGAGAUGAAGACCGUCCCUCAGAGACAGAAGGACGACUACAUUCCUUAUCCGAGGAUCGAGGAGGUGUUGGAGAGGGGGGGGCCGUACCCUCAGGUCAUCCUGCCUGAGUUCGGAGGUUACUGGAUCGAGGAUCCCGAGGCCCCUCCUCCUGCUGUGCCUCCUCCCACCUGUCUGGAGAACAGGGGAGAGGGGGAGGAGGGGGAGGAGGAGGGGGGGGGUUUGAGAGGAAUCGAUGAGAUUGACACAGCCACAGGGGAUUAUGGGUACCGUCUGGAGGAGAUCAAUGAGGCUGCUCAGGCGUACAGGAAGCACUUCCUGGGCAGGGAGCAUUUAAACUUCUCCUGUUCAGCCACCAGCCUGGGAAACCUGCUGCUGUCUGUGAGACACCAGGAGGAGAAGGAGCAGGAGCACCUCCAUGUUAUCAUCAGGUCUCGAGUGAAGAGCGUCUACCACAGACUGUCACUGACAGAGCUGCCUGAAAUCCCCAGUGUACCAGAGCUCGCCAAGCUGCUGUGUGACGAGGCAGCCAGUCUGCGGUUCAGUCCCGUCCUCUACCCGAAGGCGUCUCAGCUGAUCGUCAGCUAUGACGAGCACGACGUCAACAACACCUUCAAGUUCGGAGUCAUCUACCAGAGAUUUGGACAGGUGUCUGAGGAGGAGCUGUUCAGGAACAACGAGGAGACGCCGGCGUUCACAGAGUUUCUGCUGCUGCUGGGAGACACAGUGGAGCUGCAGGACUUCAAAGGGUUUCGGGGGGGUCUGGACGUGUCCCACGGUCAGACGGGUUCUCAGUCCGUCUACACCGUCCACAGACAGCAGGAGAUCAUGUUCCACGUCUCCACCAAACUGCCUUUCACUGAGGGAGACACACAGCAGCUUCAGAGGAAACGUCACAUAGGAAAUGACAUCGUGGCCGUGGUGUUUCAAGAAGAGGCCACGCCCUUCGUCCCUGACAUGAUCGCCUCCAACUUCCUGCACGCCUUCAUCCUGGUGCAGGUGGAGGAGCCCUGCUCCAACAACACCACCUACAAGGUGUCUGUCACAGCGCGAGAAGACGUUCCUCCGUUUGGCCCGCCCCUCCCAAAUCCAGCCAUCUUUAAGAAGGGUCCAGGGUUCAGAGAGUUCCUUCUCACUAAGCUCAUCAACGCAGAGCUGGCCUGUUAUAAGAGCGACCGCUUUGCCCGGCUGGAGGAGCGGACCCGGGCGGCGCUGCUGGACAGCCUCCAUGACGAGCUGCACAGACGCUCCCAGAGCAUGCUGGGAUUGACAUCAGGCCUGGAGGAGGAGGGUCGGUCUGAGAACGGACACGCCCACGGAGGACUGCUGGAGUCCAUCAAGAGGGCGAUGCGAGGACGGAGCGUCUCCAUGGAGACCAUGUCGCGGGGUGGGGCAGGUCUGCCCACAAGCCUGAGUGGGGGGGGUCUGGCACACAUCAGUACAGAGUAUAACAUCAGAUCUCCCGUGAAGAGACGUUCGGGACUCUUCCCUCGUCUGCUGAGUGUCGACAGUCAGACAGAGAGACACACUCAGAGGAGUCUCCUCAGUGAGCAGAGGAGCUUCGACAGCUGCCAGCCCACACUGGAGGUGAGGUCAGAGCAGCCGUCCAAUCCCAGCUCCCCAGAGGCGGGACAACGGGACAGGAUCCACAUGAAGAAGGACAGCACGAAGAUUUCCAGAUCCACGUCCAGCAGCUGCAGCUUCAGCGUCGCCACUGACGACACUCACCUGCCCGCUCAGGCUGCAGCAGUCGAGGGUCAAAGUUCAAGUCCGCUGAUUGUGUGUCGCAGCCCCACAGAGACCAAGAAUAAAAACUCUCCCAGAUCCAACCUCAAGUUCCGCUUCGACAAGCUGAGCCACUCUGCUGCAAUUAACAACAAAGAAGUUCAGACAAACAUCAGAGGAGGAGGAGUCUAAUCUGAACACACACACACACACACUCACACACACACACACACACACACACACACACACACACACGCACACACACACACACACAACACACACACACACACACACACACACACUUAGGUUAAAAAGGGAAAACACUUCAACAUUCCUCCUUAAUGCUGCGUCUCUUCAGACUGUGACAGAGUGAUCAGCCUCGUUAUGAGCUUCACUAAUUAACGUUGAUUGUAUGACGAUGUCAACGACACGCUGACAUGAACCGUGUUGGUGUGUCUGUUCUCUGACAAAGAUAGUUCAUGAGGGAAAAGAGGCAUCACUCUGUAACGCCAUGUACAGUGUUUCUCCAUCAGAGUGAGACCUCCUCUCUCCACAUCACAGCCACAUUCAUUAAUAGUCCUGACCCUGACCCUGACCCUGACCCUGACCCUGACCCCGAUCCUGACCCUGCUCCUGACCCUGCUCCUGACCCUGACCCUGCUCCUGACCCUGACCCUGCUCCUGACCCUGACCCUGACCCUGCUCCUGACCCUGACCCUGACCCCAACCCUGAGUCCUUCUUCACGGUGUACCUGCUGAUAACAGCUGUAGAAUCUGAAGAUUCUGAUCCAAAAUUGAUGAGCUGAUCAGUUUAAAUUAUUGAUCUGCAGGCUGUGGCGACAGGAAGUGAUCCUCUAGAGAGAGGAGGUCUCACUCUGACUGUGUCACAAUGUCGAGCUUCUUCCCCGAACAGACACACAAACAACAGACAGGCGUCAUGUGAUGAACAUGUGAACACGUGUUGGCAUGAACACAGCCACCAGAGCUCCAGCUGUUUACACAAAGCCUGCAGUCACAUGACCCCUCAGGUUCAGACCACACUCUGAUCCUGAGGCUGCUGACGGACAUGGUUUCCCACAAUGCACCACACACAGACGUGUAAAGAUAAAUAAAAAUAAAUGAUGUUGAGACUGAGCAGGUCAGAAACAGUUCCUUUAAAUAAUUCAUAUUAUCAAACUUUUUUCUGUCAGUCAAUUAUUGAUUAAUCACCUGAUCACGUGUGCUCCAGAGCACUGGUUGUUGUUAUGGGGAGGUAACGCCGGGGGCCAGUAGGGCCCUCAGGAGCUUGAUCAGCUCAUGAUGAGUGUGUGGUGUUGAGGUGGGGUCAGGUGGAGUCAUACACGUUGUUAUCACACACAGAGCAUUUCCUGUUGGUGUCGUAUUGAUCAGGGACUCCGAGCAGAACUGAGACCAGGAUCAGAGACUGGAGCUGUGUCCCAGUUCAGGGUCCACAUCCUGGUCCUUCGUAGACCGAGAGGACCGAACCGAAGUGGGACGGUCUGGUCUACGGAGCCUAGCAACCAUGACAACACUUGUGACAAAACCUGAGGUUUCCAGGUCCUUGGUUUGAAGAGUUAGCUGUUGAAAUGAAUCUUGGGACAUGUUGGACCAUGAGAGAUCCACCUGUUGGAGUCUUCAUGGUCCAGCAGAAGAAGGAAGUGUUUUCAAGGAGCCUCUGAAGUGGGAUGCUCGAGUCUCGUUGGGUUCCGUCUUCAGAUGCAGACCCUGAACUACGACACAGCUCCGGCCUCAGAAACACUUCCUGUUACCAACACAGAUCAGGUUGAUGAAGCAGCUGAACGACCUGCAGCUCCUCCAGGUCACUGAUGAUGUCUUCGUGUUGCUGUGGGCUGAUCACGUCCAUGUGGUUUCUUCUUCUCUGUCCCUGAGAGCUGCACGUGGCGCCGGUACGCUUCAUCGCUCAGUUACUGUCAUCACAGAUCAGAUAGACCUGAGUUACGUUCACAUCACAUGAACUGUGACACUGUGUUAAAAAGAAGCUCAUCAGCUGUUUGAUGCAAAAACCGACAGAAACUGACAACUGAUGUAUGUUUUGCACUAAAAUGAAUCUUCCUCUGUGGAUGUUAAAUGUACAUGAACACUGACUCUGUACAGACUGAACUGUCACUGUCUCGAUUGCACGGAAAGCACAAACUGUUCCUCUCCUCGCUCCGACUUCAGGUGUAAAUCUCUUUUUCUGUGUCUUCAGAUUUUUUGCAAAAUAAGAGUAAUAAUUUAUUUUGAAAGGGGCUGAUGAGAGGGAGGAAGUAGCAUAAAUACAAAGAUGUCUGUGUGUUUAUAUUUAAUGUUUCUGCAUCAUGAUGGAAAUCUGAGGUUUCUGUGAUUCUCACAUGAAAAUCUGACAUAUUAAAGUUUCUGCAAAAUGGA